UGCAUAACAAUCAGAAACAUUUGAUCUCUGCAAGCACUGAAGCUGAAUGCUGAAGUCUUCUGUAGGUUUUCAGGCUUGUCACUUAAAAUGGAAUUGUGCUUUGGAUUAAUUCAGACCCAUGGCUCAUGGAUCAAGUUCACCUUUAUCUGCUCAACGCUGUGCAUGUGGACUAGUGUAGAGUGCUGGUCUUAUUUCUACUCAAACAACACAAUGAAUUGGGAAAAUGCACGAAGCUGGUGUCAGGAGCACUACACAGAUAUGGUGGCAAUCCAGAACCGGGAGGAGAUCGAGCAUCUCAACAACUGGCUACCCAACAAAAAAGGCUACUACUGGAUUGGGAUCCGUAAGAUCAAUAAUAUCUGGACCUGGGUAGGAACCAACAAGCCUCUGACAGAGGAAGCAACCAACUGGGCAAAAGGAGAACCUAAUAAUGGCAAAGAUAAACAAACUGUAGGGGUCAGUGAGGACUGUGUGGAGAUGUACAUUAAAAGGGAUCAGCAGACAGGCAAGUGGAAUGACGAGAGGUGUACAAAAAGAAAGACUGCUCUGUGUUACACAGCGGCUUGUAGGAAUGACUCCUGUCUCCAUGGAGAGUGUGUCGAAACCAUCAACAGCCACAAAUGUGAUUGCUUUGAAGGGUUUUAUGGAGACAAGUGUGGCCAAGUUGUGCAAUGUAGCAAAGACGAGGUGAUCAUCCCAGAUAAUGGAUAUGUAAAUUGCUCUCACAAGCAUGGCAAUUUCUCCUAUGACUCCUUGUGCCAGUAUUCCUGUGAGGAAGGAUACAAGCUAAGUAUGCAGAGACCUCUGAGGUGCACUUCCUCAGGAAAAUGGUCGGAAAAGCCCCCUACAUGUGAAUUGGUUCAGUGUGAAAGGCUGUCUGAACCUGCAAAUGGAUCCCUGAAGUGCUCUGAUCCUCUUGGCGCGUUCAGCUACCAGUCCACCUGUGUUGUUACCUGUGAUGAAGGCUAUGAACUGUCUGGUUCUCUGUCUCUGCAAUGUGAAGCAUCAGGACAUUGGAGCGCAUCCCAGCCAUUGUGUGUUGCUGUCCAGUGUCCUGCUCUGCAGGAUUUGGAAAAUGGCUUUGUCAGCUGUGGAGAAGACACAGACAUGAGGUUCAGCUACAAAAACACCUGCAGCUUCAGUUGUGCCCAAGGUUACCGCAUGGUGGGACCCAGCAGGGUGACAUGCACAUCAGCAGCUACAUGGAGUCAGCAGAUGCCUCACUGUGAAGCCAUCAUUUGUCAGAAUCCAGAGAGAGGAGCUCCCCUCAUCACACAGUGCAGCGAAUCUUUGACUGAACUGCGACCAAACUCCACCUGCAGCUUCAGCUGUGAAGAAGGCUUUGAACUGCAGGGAGCAAACACCAUUCAGUGUUCUGAGGAUGGACAGUGGAAUAAAGACAUACCUACCUGCAAAGUUGUCAGAUGCCCAUUGCUUGAGGCUCCUGAAAACAGUCACAUCAACUGCUCAAGCAGUGAGUCAGUUUACAACUCUCAGUGCUCCUUCACAUGUGACCAAGGCUACACAUUAAAAGGACACAACCUGCUGACCUGCGAUCAUCACGGCAAUUGGACUGGAGAUAAACCCACCUGUCAAGCUUCUCCAGUCACUGCAGUUGCUGCUGGUGUGGCAACAGGGGGCACUGCCUUGUUAUCUGGUGUGUCUCUGGCUAUGUGGAUCUUGAAAAAACUGAAGAAGAGCGCAACUAAGUUUGAGCUGAACAGCAACUCUGACAUAGAGUCUCCUCCACAGAGCUACAAAAACAGCAGCGACAUCAGAAUCAUUUCAUGCCUACACAUACUGAGGGUGAAGACUAAAGAAUCAAACUUCUGUAGGUUAAAAGGCACAUCACUUAGAAUGAAUUCCUUCGUUGGACAACUUCAAACCUCUGGACAUAAGAACUCUGGCUCAUGGAUCAGCUUUAUCUUUAUUUGGUCAAUGCUGUGCACGUGGACUAGUGUAGAGUGUUGGUCUUAUUUCUACUCAAACAACACAAUGAAUUGGAAAGAUGCACGAAACUGGUGUCAGGAGCAAUACACAGAUAUGGUGGCAAUCCAGAACCAGGAGGAGAUCGAGCAUCUCAACAACUGGCUUCCCAGCAAAAAAGGCUACUACUGGAUUGGGAUCCGUAAGAUCAAUAAUAUCUGGACCUGGGUAGGAACCAACAAGCCGCUGACAGAAGAAGCAACCAACUGGGCAAAAGGAGAACCUAAUAAUGGCAACAAAGAAGGGGUCAGUGAGGACUGUGUGGAGAUGUACAUUAAAAGGGAAAAGGAGCGAGGCAAGUGGAAUGACGAGAGCUGUGAGAAAUUAAAGACUGCUCUGUGCUACACAGCGGCUUGUAAGAAUGACUCCUGUCUCCAUGGAGAGUGUGUCGAAACCAUCAACAGCCACAAAUGUGAUUGCUUUGAAGGGUUUUAUGGAGACAAGUGUGGCCAAGUUGUGCAAUGUAGCAAAGACGAGGUGAUCAUCCCAGAUAAUGGAUAUGUAAAUUGCUCUCACAAGCAUGGCAAUUUCUCCUAUGACUCCUUGUGCCGGUAUUCCUGUAAGGAAGGAUACAAGCUGAGUAUGCAGAGACCUCUGAGGUGCACUUCCUCAGGAAAAUGGUCAGAAAAGCCCCCUACAUGUGAAUUGGUUCAGUGUGAAAGGCUGUCUGAACCUGCAAAUGGAUCCCUGAAGUGCUCUGAUCCUCUUGGCGCGUUCAGCUACCAGUCCACCUGUGUUGUUACCUGUGAUGAAGGCUAUGAACUGUCUGGUUCUCUGUCUCUGCAAUGUGAAGCAUCAGGACAUUGGAGCGCAUCCCAGCCAUUGUGUGUUGCUGUCCAGUGUCCUGCUCUGCACGAUUUGGAAAAUGGCUUUGUCAGCUGUGGAGAAGACACAGAUAUGAGGUUCAGCUACAAAAACACCUGCAGCUUCAGUUGUGCCCAAGGUUACCGCAUGGUGGGACCCAGCAGGGUGACAUGCACAUCAGCAGCUACAUGGAGUCAGCAGAUGCCUCACUGUGAAGCCAUCAUUUGUCAGAAUCCAGAGAGAGGAGCUCCCCUCAUCACACAGUGCAGCGAAUCUUUGACUGAACUGCGACCAAACUCCACCUGCAGCUUCAGCUGUGAAGAAGGCUUUGAACUGCAGGGAGCAAACACCAUUCAGUGUUCUGAGGAUGGACAGUGGAAUAAAGACAUACCUACCUGCAAAGCAAAAGGAUGUCCUGCUCCAGAAGUUCCAACAAAUGGUCAGAUAAACUGCAGCCCCUCUCUGUCUUCAUUUGUUACUCCUGAGACACCACAUCCACUUGGUGUGGUUUGCAAUUUUACAUGUGAUGAAGGACAUGAGCUGCAAGGUGCACUCAGCAUGGAGUGUACAAAUCCAGGCCAAUGGACCUCCAGACUACCAACCUGCACAGUUGUGAGAUGUCCCUUGCUUGAGGCUCCUGAAAACGGUUACAUCAACUGCUCAAGCAGUGAGUCAAUUUACAACUCUCAGUGCUCCUUCACAUGUGACCAAGGCUACACAUUAGAAGGACAUGAGCAGCUGAUCUGUGAUCAUAAUGGCAACUGGACCGGAGAGAAACCUACCUGUCAAGCUCCCUCUUCAGUUAUUGCAGUUGCUGCAAUUGUGGCAGUAGGGGGCACUGCCUUGUUAUCUGGUGUGUGUCUGACUAUGUGGAUCUUGAAAAAGCUGAAGAAGAAAGCAUCCAUGUAUGAGCUGAGCAGCAACUCUGACUUAGAGUCUUCUCCACAGAGCUACAAAAACAGCAUGGAUAGCCUAAUAUAGACGACUUGUCUAUUCUUUAUAGACAACUACAGACAAGACAGUAAUCCAAAAAAUACGAAUCCCAUGCAGUAGCAUAACACAAGGAUAAAACUGGCAAACCCGAUGUGACAAGAAGUGACUGAAUGUGACAAUUGCACUGAACAGCUUUUCUGAAACUUUAAAAAGAGCCAUGACUGCGCUGAAAUGUUGUUUCAACAUGUUUUUUUUUCUCCAAAAGGGAGUUUUAUAUUGAACACAUUGUUCUACAACUUCUUGAAAAUGCUGGAAAAUUCUUGCUACUGUAAAUGUAAUAUAACAUCAUGUGUGACUUGUCAUUUCACUGUAUAACUGUGAAUAAUUUGAUAUAGUAUUUAUUGAAUUUUUGUUUUUUUAUUAAAAAGAUGUUGUGAAUUGAAUGUUUAUUCAGGUGUGUGUCUGUAUAAAGCUGUAAUUUGU